CCUCCUCUCGUUUACCUCCCCCAUCCCUCCUCAUCGUCCUUCUCUUUUGCUUCCCUGUUAAUGCACGCCCGCCAAAACGUUGCUCAACCGUGCACCGCCGUUUUGCCUGGCCCCGUACGGACAUGUUGGGGAUGGACCAGGAGGAUGCCAGAUUCGGUGCCAGCGCGCCGAGCUUGCCCUCCUGCCUCUCUCGCCCCUUCCUCCCCCGCCCUUUUUCCUGCCCGCAGGCAUCUCCGACAGCAGGCACGCCUGCUCUGACGACAAAUUUCGCCAGGACCGUUGCUGUCGGCCGCUGUCUGCUUCUGCGUUUCAGUGGGCCGCCCUCCGUCGCGUUCCCGAUCCCCUCGGUCUCUGACUGGUGCCGAUACUCGUGCUCUCAAGGAAAUGCUGAGGCCGUGGUUCUCUCCACGGCCACCUGUCACUGCAGCUGGAGCCUUCGCAAGAGAUCGCGCUCUCAAGGCUGGCACAGCCGAUAUGGAACAAAGUCGGGGUUGAAGAGACGGGGUCAAUGCAAAUGGGGCACUGGCUUGGGUUUGGUUGCAGGUUCUUUCAGGAUUUGCAGGAACAUGCAGUGCCUUACUGGCCCGGGGGUCUGGAUUGACCUGGGUCAGUUGAUCCCCGACAAAAGCAUGUAGACAUGUAGGCUAGUGGCCAUGCCGACGCACCGCCCCGACGUGUUGUCAAGGAGCGCGCUGUAUAUUCCUUGUCAUACGACGGUUGGGCACCAGGGGAAAGCGCUGCCAACGCGAAGGCAAACCAGGAACGGAAACAUCAAUACAUAUUUCCAGGCCAGAUUUGUUGGUUUUUUCCAGCUCGAAUGCAAUGUCAGUCGGCGCGCUGCCACAGCAAGACGGGCCCCCACUGCCCGUGCGGGCUGUUUCCCAGGCCCCGGCUCUCCAGCCGCAGUGGCAUGAGGGUAAGGGUUUGCUUCCGUGCAACCUCGUACUUGCCAGUCGUGGAAUAAAAGGCGUUGGCCCGUUACGCGUUCGAGCAGUCGGCGGCUUCAUUGCGGUUUUUUCCUUGUGUUUUGGCGGUGGCACAGGCGGCCCGUUUCCAAAUCAAGAGCGCCACCCGCCUGAGCCAGACAGGUUGGCACGGAACACGCCCACAGCGAAGCAGUCGUCGAGCAAAAGAGUUUCUUGUUCGUUCUUCUCGGCGGCACGUUCUCGACCCAGCUUGUAGCGUCAGCCUCGUCUUUCCCCACCCUUGCUCCGCCCGCCUCCGGCAGGUCCCGGCGCCGCCAGUGCUUGUGCCAGUCCAAGCGGUGAUGGACAUGUCUUCGCCUGCCGCGGAUCGCGCCGUCGACGCCGAGGCCGAGGGCACCGCGGGCGGCGGAGAGCGCCGUGGCGCGCCGGCCGUGGAGGGCGCUGCGGCCGCGCCGCCCGCCGUCGGCACGCGCCCCGCAGGCUCUGCGGCCGCUGGCACGCACGUGGUGCGCCGCGGCGCGGACGCGCUCGCGGAGGUGAUGCGCCAGCGCAGGGAGGGCUGCCAGGAGUUCGAGUCCAGCCCCGAGGGCCACACCGCCGAUGCCGGCGCCGCGCUCGCGCCCGGGGCCUGCUUGGAGCUGCCGGCGGGCGCGCGAGAGUUCGAGUCGGCGCCCGGCGGCUGCAAGGCGGACGCGAGCUGCUCCCAGCUUAGCGAGGCGCCCGCUGGCGGCGGCGCCGCCGCGCCCGUGUCCCCGCGGGAGUUCGAGUCGGUGCCGGGGCUCUCCGUGGCCGACUUCGUGGCCUCCGCGUCGUCCACGCGGCAGAUCCCGCUCCAGGGCGAGUCUGCGAGCCAGAAGACAGCCGCUGCCCUGCGCGUGCGCGGAGGCCGGCGCGGCCCGGAGGAGCUGCGGGCCUGGAUGCGCCGUGCUCGGGAGGGUUGCGAGGUCAUCGAGAGUGUGCCCCUCGGCCCAGCUGGCAGUGCGCUUGGUGUCUCAGGCGCCGACUGAUACUGGUAUUAUUAUGACUGCCAUUAUUAUUAUUCUUCUUAUUAUUAGUGUUGUUGUUGCCUCCGCUCGUCUUCCUCC